AUGAGAGGGCAGGACUCCAAGCAUGCUGCUACAAUGUUCCUCUACUGGUUUCUUGUUGCCACCUUCACACUUCACAGCCAAAGUGGGUUCUGUCAUGCUUUGCAGGUCCCAGCAAUGUUUGUGUUCGGAGAUUCUUUGGUCGAUGACGGCAACAACAACUACCUAAGCUCCAUUGCUAAAUCCAACUACUAUCCUUACGGCAUCGACUUCUUUCAAGGACCUACUGGGAGAUUCAGCAAUGGAAAAACUGUAAUAGACGUACUGUGUGAUCUCUUGGGAAUUCCUUAUCUGCCACCAUACGCAAGUCCAGACCUCAAUGGCAGUAGACUACUCUAUGGCGUAAACUAUGCUUCAGCAGCCGGAGGGAUCUUAGAUGAGAGUGGGCGGUAUCUCGGAGAUAGGUACAGCCUAAGUCAGCAGGUCCUGAACUUCGAGAGUAAUUUGAAUGAUCUAAAAUCUUUGAUCGGUAACGAGAACUUCGAAGACUACCUAGCCAAGUCCAUCGUUAUCAUGGUCCUCGGGAGCAAUGACUACAUCAACAACUACCUGCUUCGAUCUUCCUACUCGACCAGCUAUGAAUAUAGCCCUCAAGAGUACGCCAGCCUCCUCAUCGAUCGUUACACAAGACAGAUUUUGGCAUUGCACAGCAUGGGGCUGAGGAAGUUCUUGCUGGCAGGAAUCGGGCCACUGGGUUGCAUCCCGAACCAACGGGCCUCUGGUCUUGCCCCACCAGACCGAUGCGUCGAUCAAGUAAAUCAGAUCGUCGGCUACUUCAACACAGAGGUGAAGUCGCUCGUCCAACAGCUCAACGCCGAUCAUCCUGGAUCGUUCUUCAUAUACGGCGAUACAUAUCGUGGAAUUGGGGACGUGCUGAACAAUCCCAGCCAGUACGGUUUUACAGUGAUCGAUCGUGGCUGUUGCGGACUGGGAAGGAAUCACGGCCAGAUCACCUGCUUGCCGUUGGCUGUCCCUUGCGAUGAGAGGGAGCAGUAUGUGUUCUGGGAUGCCUACCACCCUACAGAGGCAGUGAACAUGAUCUUGGGACAGAGGGCCUUCAAUGGACCUCCUGAUGAUGUUUACCCCAUUAAUGUCCAGCAAUUAGCUCAAAUGUAG